AUGGGUCAAAUUGAAGAACUUCCCGACGACUUCGACGAGUCACUCAACCUGAACGAUGGCGCCGCGACGGCCGCAGCCGCCGCCGCAACAACAGAGGAAGAAAUCCUACCCAUCAAGCACGAACGCCUGAAGGAUGUGGAGAGCGACGAUCCGAUGGCGCCGCGGAUGCCGCCGACGAUGCAGGCGGUGCAGACGCACACGACGGACGAGUUGGCGGAUAUCCUGAACCGGACGCCGUUGUUCAUGACGGAUCUGGAUAAGGCGUUGGAUGAGAAUGGCGAGAACGUCAUGCUGGAUGCGAUACGCGCGCUGCAGAAUGAAGGUACCCGCGGUGAGGUGGCGCAGAGUUUCCGGAGUGAGGGCAAUGAGACGGCGAAGGAGAAGCGGUGGAUCGAUGCCAAGGAGCACUAUACCAAGGCCAUUGCGGUGCUGCAGGCUAAGGAGGAUAAGUGGGAGAAGCCUGAGGAUGAGGAGGCGGAGAAGAAGUUGCUGAAGGAGGUCGAGGCGGCAUGUUAUAUCAAUCGUGCGCUGUGUAACCUGGAGCUGCGUGAGUAUGGCCCUUUAUCUUGUUCCUUGAUUGCGAGGGAGGGAGUGGGGUUGAUGAGAACGGUUGCUAAUUGGUUUUGUAUCUGGGACACAGAGAACUACCGCUCUACGACUCUCGACUGCGCCGCCGCCUUGAAACUCAACCCCAAGAACGUCAAAGCCUUCUAUCGAUCUGCGUCGGCGUUGCUCGCUCUUGAUAAGAUCCCCGAAGCGGAGGACGCCGCCGCGCGCGGAUUGGCGAUCGAUCCGGAGAAUAAGUCCCUGCAGACGGUUGCGGGCAAGAUCGCGGAGCGCAAAGCCACGGUGGAGCGUGUCGCGGCCAAGCGGAAGGCCGAGGAGGAGCGCCGGCAGAAGGAGGCGCAGUUGCUGAGCGUCGCGCUGCAAGCGAGAAGGAUCCGUACGCGCAAGACCGAUUCGCCGCCGGAGAUGGAGGAUGCGUGCAUCAAGCUCUCACCUGACCCGCUGUCGCCCGAAAGUACCCUCGAGUUCCCGUGCGUGCUGCUUUAUCACAUGGACGCGCAGACGGACUUUAUCAAGGCGUUCUCUGAGAUGCAUUGCAUCGAGGAUCAUCUGGAUUACAUCUUCCCGCUGCCGUGGGAUUCCAAGCAUGAGUACACGACGAACACGGUGGAGUGCUUCAUGGAGACUGUCACGGGCGGUCUGAUCAAGGCCGGCAAGAAGUUGCCCCUGUUGCAGAUUCUGGGUAGUGGCAAGGUGGAGGUCGUGGAUGAGCUGGUCAAGAUCUAUGUGAUCCCUACGUCGAAGACGGCCAAGUUCAUUGCCGAGAUGAAGGCUCGGAAGUCCGGUUGA